AUGGCUCUUGUGAAUGCUGAUUACAAAUUUUUGUAUAUAGAAGUAGGAUGUAAUGGGAGAGUGUCAGACGGGGUUGUAUAUGCGAAUUGUUCACUAUCGGCAUGUUUGGAAAACAACUCUUUGAAUAUACCCGAAGCAAAGCCAUUACGUGGCCAGUCAAUUCCGGUGCCAUAUGUCAUUGUUGCCGAUGACGCUUUUCCAUUAAAAACCUACAUUAUGAAACCAUUCCCUUUUAGAGACCAACCUGUUGAAAAUCGUCUUUUUAGUUAUAGACUUUCUCGAGCACGUCGCGUUGUAGAAAAUGCAUUUGGUUUGCUUUCUAUGCGUUUUCGUUUUCUUAGAAAGCCAGUCGAACUAUGUCCUCAAAAAGUAAUAAAGCUUGUUCAAGCUGCUUGUGUGCUACGUAAUUAUUUAAUUGAAAAAAAGUCGACCAGAUAUGUUUCUGAAGAUGUUGGCGAGAGCCACUUUCACAAAAUUCAUUUUAUCCAUUACAACAAGCAGGCGCGAGAAAUCCAACUUGCACAGCUUAGCAAGUACGCGAAAAUGUUAAAACGUACUUUAUGUCCAGAGCAGGUGAACUACGGUGGCAAUAUAAAUAUGCUUGAUUUUUUUAUUUAUUAA